AUGUGGAGAAUCUACGGAGACCAGGGCCUUUCCGUCAUGGCCUUUCCAUGCAACCAGUUCGGCGGCCAAGAGCCAGGCACCGAUGAGGAGAUCAAGGAGCACGUCCAAGAAAAGUACGGAGUUACUUUCGACAUGAUGUCCAAGAUCAACGUCAACGGGCCGGACCAGAUCCCGCUGUACGAAUGGAUGAAGUCGACCGAGCCCGGCAAGAAUCAACCGAUCAAGUGGAACUUUACCAACUUCGUGAUCGAUCGCUGCGGGCGAGUCCGACAGCGACACGAGCCACCAGAGCAUCCAGAAACCUGGGAAGAUCAGGUCGUCGCGCUCCUUCUUGAAGAACCUGCUUGCUGA